AUGUCAUGCCCUCAUUUCAUCGUAGGGCUGCCCAUGCGAGCAGGUACUUAAAAGUUGGUCUGCAUUUAAGUAGGCAACUCGAAGGGGGGAUUUGGGGAAAGACAAUAGUUCUGAGUCUGAAGCGAUUCAACAUCCCUCAUGAAUGAAGGACACGUGCAAUGACCUUGAGACUCAAUCCACCUCAACGCUGACUCUGACAGGCUCCUACUCCUUUGUUGAUAUGUUGUUGACAGGAAGUGCUGCGUUUUCCUCAUUGAGAACUCAAUGUGUGGGAGUACGUAAAUACCGCAAGGUCUUUUUUGCCAACGUAGCUUGCUUUUCCUCGAUAGUGCCUGCACUCGACCGGAUCCGAUGGCAACCGCUCUUAUCAACGUCCUUCUUGCCCACAAUGUUUAUUCAGCACCCAUCCCCCCUCACAAUAUGACUUGUUUCGUGCAAAAUGUAUCUGAUGGUUGCAACGAUCUCCGGAAUUGCCGAACCAUGUCAGGCAUCGUCUAUAGCUGUCUCCUUACCGUGUUUGCUUGCAUUUGGACGGCAGUGCACCCAGAUGUUCCAGAACCUGAUGAUGGUAUCUGGUCACUUGCAUCGCGCGUUGGCCUGGCAGUGGCUUCACUGUUUUUACCGGAAGCCAUUCUGGCGUUUGCAUGGCGCCAAUUUUUGAUGUCUUGGAGAAUAUCAAAGAAAUGCAAGAUGGUUGGAGGAUGGACCCCGACGCAUUCAUACUUUGUCGUCAUGGGGGGUUUCUUCGACUCGUCAAAAAGAAGACCGGUGGACCCGAACGACUUGCAGCGAUACCCCGGCAUAAUUAAAAAUGCCACAAUAACAAAGAAGAAAAUUCUUGACAGAAGCAAAGUCGAUGCGUUUUCCAAAUUUAUCGUUGUUGUUCAACUACUAUGGUUUGUCACUCAAUAUAUCGGACGAUGGACGCGCCAUUUGCACAGAUCGCAACUCGAGACAAUGACGCUGGCGUAUGCGGCAUUAAGUCUUUUCGUUUACGUGUUGUGGUGGCAUAAACCCGUUAACGUUCAGCUCCCAAUCGAUGUGAUGCCAGAGUCCCCUUCCGUUCCUCCAACUUCCGAAAUACAUGUCGAUCAACCAUCACCUAAAACGGAGCUUGACGCAGAUCCGAUAUCCCCCAUGUCUAAGCUGGAAUUUUUGUUCAUAAUGGCAGCCACUGGGAUGAUCUUUGGGGGAAUCCAUUGUCUUGCAUGGUCGUUUCCCUUUCCGACACGCACGGAAAUAGUUUUGUGGCGAGUUUCAGCGAUAUAUAUCACAGUUGCUCCUGUCUUUGUAGUGUUGGGCGAAGGGCGUAAUACUGUCCUCCGCGGCUUCGAGUUUUGCUCGCCAUGGUGGACAGCACCACUUAUUUUACCUGUUUACGUCGCCGCGCGGGUUAUCUUGUUUGUUCUUACCUUCACAUCCUUGCGUUCUCCCCCACUUAAUCUAUACCAGACCCCAUCUUGGUUACCAUUUUUCGCACAUUUUGGAUAGCUGUGUAUGUACAGUGCUUUUGCUCAAAGGGA